AGUGAGCAGAGGUCCGCUCCUCUGUGAAACCAACUGCCAACAUGCAGUUCUGGGAUUUCCUGGGCUGCACCGACACAGAUAUUUCCAGAAUAUCAUACUACACUGAUGUUGGAAACAGAGAUCAACUAGUGUUGGCAGAAGACUUGGGUAACAUGAGCCAGAGCCGAUCCAAGUCCACUAAAGUGUGUCCAGAGCAAUUAGAAUAUGACGGACAGUUAGCCCCAGCAGCAGCAUUUGAGUCAGGCAUGGCGUCGUCUUCCUACCUGGAGCCCAACCUCAAUCACUCGGCAGCGGGUGGUUGUGGGGUGAAAUCCCGGUCCGGGAUGCCUGGCGUUGGUACCAGCAGCUCUGCCGGCGGCCUCGAGCGCCCCGCUGGCUCCAUGGACCGGGUGCUCAAGAUCUUCCAUUACUUUGAGACAAAUAGUGAACCAAGUAUUUGGGCUAGUAAUAUCAGGCAUGGAGAUGCCACCGAUGUCAGGGGUGUUAUCCAGAAGAUAGCGGAGAUCCACAAAUUGCGCUGUGUGUCCUCUCUGGGUCUCCGUCUCACCCAUCUGCACUCUGAUGCUCUCCAUUGGUUACACCCAGAUUUGGGCGUGUCGCACGUCCGGGAGAAAUAUGAGAAACAGCACCCCCAGGAGGAGUGGAGGUAUGAGUUGCGGAUACGGUACCUUCCUAAAGGUUACCUCAGCCAUUUCUGUGAAGACAAACCCUCUCUCAACUACCUCUAUCACCAGGUAAAGAGUGAUUAUAUGCAGCAUAUAGCUGAUCGGGUGGAUCAAGAUGUUGCCUUGAAACUGGGGUGUUUGGAAAUUAGGAGGUUCUUCAGAGAGAUGCCAGGCAACGCCUUGGAUAAGAAAUCAAACUAUGAACUACUAGAGAAAGAUGUUGGUUUGAGAAGGUUCUUCCCCAAAAGCCUGUUGGACUCUCUCAAGGCGAAGACUCUUCGUAAGCAGAUCCAGCAAACCUUCAAGCAGUUCGCCAACUUCAACGAUGAGCAGAGCAUCCACAAGUUCUUUGAGAUACUCUCGCCCAUCUACCGCUUCGACAAGGAGUGCUUCAAAUGUGCUUUAGGGUCUAGUUGGAUAAUAUCAGUAGAGUUAGCUAUUGGACCAGAGGAAGGAAUCAGCUACCUCACAGAUAAGGGCUCAAUGCCCACACACUUAGCUAACUUCACCCAGGUUCAGUCAAUCCAGUACUCUUCCUUAGAAGAGAAGGACAGGAAAGGCAUGCUGCAGCUCAACGUAGCAGGAGCUCCAGAGCCUCUCACAGUCACGACGGCAUUGCUGACUACAGCAGAAAACAUGGCUGACUUGAUUGACGGAUACUGUCGGCUUGUCUCCUCAGCUACACACUCCUUCAUCGUCAGAGUCCACAAAGAGGGGGACAGAGCUCUGCCUUCUAUACCCAAAGUUUCAAAUCAUGAGAGGCGAAUGGAGAAGCGGAUGGAAGGAGUACGGACCAGAGCUGUUUGCGUCUCAGAAACGGACGACUAUGCUGAGAUCAUAGACGAGGAGGACACCUACACCAUGCCUUCAACUCGGGACUAUGAGAUUCAGCGGGAUCGUAUUGAGCUGGGACGCUGCAUAGGAGAAGGUCAGUUUGGAGACGUCCACCAAGGAAUCUACAUCAGCCCGGAGAACCCGGCUCUUUCUGUGGCAGUGAAGACGUGUAAGAACUCGACAUCAGACAGCGUCAGGGAAAAGUUUCUCCAAGAAGCACUGACCAUGCGUCAGUUUGAUCAUCCGAACAUCGUGAAGCUGAUGGGAGUAAUCACAGAGAAUCCAGUUUGGAUCAUCAUGGAGCUCUGUACACUCGGAGAGUUGCGCUCAUUUCUCCAGGUGAGGAAGUACAGUUUAGACCUGGCCAGUCUCAUCCUUUACUCCCACCAGCUCAGCACAGCGCUGGCCUAUCUGGAGAGCAAACGCUUUGUACACAGGGACAUUGCAGCGCGGAACGUGUUGGUGUCUACAGUCGACUGUGUGAAGCUGGGAGACUUUGGUCUGUCGCGAUACAUGGAAGAUAGCUCUUAUUACAAAGCAUCCAAAGGUAAACUGCCCAUUAAAUGGAUGGCUCCAGAAUCAAUAAACUUCAGACGCUUUACCACAGCCAGCGACGUCUGGAUGUUCGGCGUCUGUAUGUGGGAGGUUCUAAUGUACGGCAUAAAGCCUUUCCAGGGUGUGAAGAACAACGACGUAAUCGGCAGGAUAGAGAACGGCGAGCGGCUGGCGAUGCCCCCUCAGUGCCCGCCUACUCUGUACAGCUUGAUGACAAAGUGCUGGUCUUAUGAUCCAAGCAAGAGGCCGCGCUUCACUGAACUCAAAACACAACUCAGCACUAUCCUAGAGGAGGAGAAGCUCCAGCAGAAGGAGAGGAACAGGAUGGAGAUGAGGAGACAAGUCACUGUGUCUUGGGACUCCGGAGGGUCUGAUGAAGCACCACCAAAGCCCAGCCGUCGGCCCUCCCUGCAGCCGACCUUCAGUCUGGAUUGUCUUUCUGCUCCUUCUUCUCACCACCAUUGCCAUCAAAACCAGCACUUUGCCUCCCAGCUUUCCCUUUACCAUGGAAACCCUGCUUCUUUAUCCACCUACGCCUCCUCUCACUCACCCGCUCCUCCACUCUACCCCUCCUCUUUGCAAUUUCCCCAUCACUUUUCCUCUUCUCCUAAUCCACAGUUUGUACCGGCUCCCCUUCAAAACACCACUCAGUACAAUCGCUCUUUCUCUCCACACCACACUAGAUUGAAUCCCGACUCCAAAGCUUGUCCGAGCUCGUUGCAACAGUUUCAAACAAACCACUGUUCUCUACCUCGCGCAAAUUCAGACAGCAUGUCCAACGGCAGCUGCCCCCACAAGAUAAAUCCCUCUUCUAACAGCCACCUGCUCUGUUCGUCUCAGCCAGCGUCACACAUCUCCCACUCCCAUCCCAGGAACUUCUCUCCGCUCCUCUCCCUCUCCAGUCCUAACAUUAACUCUCUGCCCAGCAGGAUGUCAGAUGUCUGUCCCCUCACCCUCCAAAACAACCAUCCCAAGUCAAACUCUAAUCUUAAAACCCCGCUGUCAUCCAGCUUUCACCACGGCUGCCAGACUAAUCCCAGAACCUCACUCCAACCUGACUCUGACCCCCAGGCCCAACACCAUGCGGUGCAGUCAUGUGGGAGACCCCCGCUGGUCUCUGUUGCUCCCCUCACUCCCUAUACUCUACCCUCCACUAACCUUCAUCCCCCCAGUAGAAAACCAAGUCCCGCUGUAACUGCCCACAUGCCAUUUUCCAUCCCCUGCUCUGAAAGACCCAUGUCCAUACCUCUGAAGCCGAGUAGACCAGGCUACCCCAGUCCUCGCUCAAGUGAAGGUUUUUACCCCAGUCCCCAGCAUCCUGGACACUACCAGAUGGCGGGGUACCCUGGCCCUCACACGCUUCCCUCAGUGCCCAGCGCCCUGUACCCGCCACAGGCAGCCAUGCUGGACACGCACCACGCGCACACACACCCUCGCCACAACGUUCACACACACUCGCACUCGCAACUCCUUCCCCAGCCCCAUGGACAGGACAUGGCACUGUGGGGCUCUGCAAUGGAGGACAGGGCAGUAGACAUGCAGCAGUGUGUAGGCCAGCAGUGCCUGUUAAUGGAGGAACAGCUGAUGAUACAACAACAGCAGAUGGAGGAGGAUCAGAGGUGGCUGGAACAGGAGGAAAUGCUGCUGAAACCGGACGCCAGGACUUCUCGAGGGAGUCUGGACAGAGAGGACGGUGGACUCCAACCUCCAACGGGAAACCAGCACAUAUACCAGCCCGUUGGCAAAGCAGAGCAUGCAGCUCCUCCAAAGAAACCCCCACGACCUGGAGCCCAAAGCCAAGUGGGCAGUCUGGCCUGUCUAAAUACUGGAGACAGUUACAAUGAUGGAGUAAAGCUGCAGCCCCACGAGAUAAGCCCGCCCCCCACCGCCAACCUGGACCGCUCCAACGACAAGGUGUACGAGAACGUGACGGGCCUGGUCAAAGCCGUGAUCGAGAUGUCAAGCAAGAUUCAGCCGGCUCCUCCAGAGGAAUACGUUCCUAUGGUCAAGGAUGUGGGCCUGGCAUUAAGGACGUUAUUGGCCACAGUGGAUGAGACAUUACCACAACUUCCAGCCAGUACACACAGAGAGAUCGAGAUGGCUCAGAAACUGUUGAACUCUGACUUGGCUGAGCUGAUCGGGAAGAUGAAGUUAGCCCAACAGUAUGUGAUGACCAGUCUCCAGCAGGACUAUAAGAAACAGAUGUUGACGGCGGCUCACGCCCUCGCAGUCGACGCCAAGAACCUGCUGGAUGUUAUUGACCAAUCCCGGCUCAAGAUGAUGGCCCAGUCCCGCCCACACUAGCCGGGCCAACAGGAGCUGGUCUGCUGUUUGAGGGACAGCAUGGUGACGGUUCCUGCCGGCGGUGGAGAACAAAAGACUCCUGAGUCGUGACUCCUGAUACGGGAGAAACAGUGGCUCUGUUCAUUACAUGUUGAACCCUGCUUUAACCGAGGUCGUCCGUUCAUCUGGGAUUAAACUAUCCACCACUGUGACUUUCUUUGUACAAGAAACCUCUUCCUGAAUCAGGGACUUUACAGCUUCGCUCUCUUUGGACAUAUAUUUAAACUGAGCCGGAUUCCCGAGGGGGCAGAAGCUCCACCGUGGGCGACUGGAUCUGGAUUUGAUGACAUCAGGUAGAUCAGUCUUGGUGGAAUCCAACAAUAAGCAGGGCCAUCAGAUCGGACUGCCUCUGGUCGGCAGUGGGAAUAGGCUUCAGACAUCAGCCAGCAGCCAUGAUGACGUCACGUGUUCUGACCCGUGGAUGUGAAGCCUCCAGCUCAGUUGAAAAUACCUCCACAUCUCCAUGGAUGCUCAUGUUGUGCACGGUGCUUUUUACGAUGGACGCUCCAACAGGAAACCUCCCAGUAAAGAGACACUCCUCGGUUUGGUCAGGAGCUGCAGCCUCACGCCCUCCUCUCUUUUCUCUCCUCCACUCCCGUCUUCCCUCUGUCUCACCAGCUUUUAUUUAUAGACUCAGAAAUUGCUGAGGAGGAGACAGAGGGAGAGGCAGGAAGAGUCGGUUGAAGUUGAGCACGGUGCAGCGCCAGUCUACUCCCUGAAGAAAGAAUCCACUUAUCCUCCACUCUCCCUCUUUCAUUCACUUUCCAUCCUCACUGCUCCUCUCCCUCCUGCAGUCUUCCUCAGCUCUUACCUGAGCAGAUUUUUAAGACUCCAAAUGUGAAGAAUCAAACUCCCUGCUCGCACUCAGUUUGGUCUGCCCUUUUUAUCGGCUGCCUCCAUGAUUUUGUGUUAUUUUCCGUGGUCACAGUCUUCUUCCUCGACACUGAAAACUGUUUAGGACUUGGAAUACAAGCAAAUAUUCAAUCCCAGCAUGGAAAGAAAAAACAAACAAUAUGUGGACUUUGAGGAGUCGGUCUGAGUGACUGGAUACUUUCAGAUGUGUUUCGUCUUGACCUGGUGUCACACCUUUAACAGCCCCUUUCCACCAGUGUCGUAAAAGGAAUUUUCCUGCAAACAAACCUCACAGCUGGAACCUUUGUGCUUUGAGUCCCAGUUUCUGUCAGGUGUUACACUUUAAAAAUGUCCCUCCCAAACAACAGUCCCUAGGGAAAUAAACACACAUGAAAUGUGGAGCCACAUGAGUGGAACUCGUCUCGCACACGCAAAACACUGAACUGAAAAUACAGCAGAUCCCACGUCUCUUUGUUAAUACCAACCCCACAUGGAAUAUGACAUACUGCUAUAUGACAUAUACUGGUGACUGUACUAGUGUAGCAUGGUAUACUGGUAUGGAGAAGAGCAUAUUUGCACAGCAAACAGCUAAUUUUCUGGCCCUUCUUUACACCCAGAUUUGAUUCAAUGUUUAGCCAGCAAUGAAACUAUCAAAAAUGUGGGUGUUAUAGGGUUAAAAAUGAAAAAAAAUGAAAAAACACAUCUAUUUUAUGUUGUUGCGUAAAUCUGCUCAUGUUGGUAUAUUGUAAACUAUACUGGCGUGUAUCACUGGUGAAUUGUACAGAAGUCGUACUAGUAAACACUGGUUUUUAUUUUGUCUGCUGGGCUCAAUCAGCCACCUUGUCAAAUAGGAGGAAAAAACAAUGAAAUAAAAUAAUGAUGAAUGGAAA